GUUGUCAACCCAGAGGAUGUCUUCUGGAAGUGCAACCUGGGCUACCCCCACACGUCCCACUGCCUGGGCAGCGGGGAAAUCAUGAUCAGCACCCUGGGAGACCCGGCUGGCAGCGGGAAAGGCGGCUUUAUUCUGCUGGACGGAGAGACCUUCGAGAUCAAGGGGAACUGGGAGAAAGGGGACAAGAUCCCCCCAAUGGGUUAUGACUUCUGGUACCAGCCACGCCAUAACGUCCUGAUCAGCACUGAAUGGGGAAUCCCCAAAUGCCUGGGGUAUGGGUUCGACCCAAAUGAUCUGAAGAAAGGGCGCUACGGACGCCGCCUCAACGUCUGGGACUGGACCACUCACACCUACGUCCAGGCCAUCGACGUGGGCGAGGACGCGGCCCCCCUGGAGAUCCGCUUCCUCCACGACCCCGACGCUGCCGAGGGCUACGUGGGCUGCACCAUCAGCAGCGCCAUCCACCGCUUCUACAAGACCGAGCAAGGAGACUGGGCGGCCGAGAAGGUGAUCCAAGUCCCCAGCAAGAAGGUGGAGGGAUGGCUCCUGCCGGACAUGCCAGGCUUCAUCACCGACAUCCUCAUCUCGCUGGACGACAGGUUCCUCUACUUCAGCAACUGGCUGCACGGAGACAUCCGCCAGUACGACAUCUCCGACACCCGCAGGCCCAAGCUGGUGGGGCAGGUCUUUGUGGGUGGCAGCAUCACCAAGGGAGGACCCGUGACCGUGUGCCGGGACGAAGAGCUGCAGAGGCAGCCGGACCCCUUUUUCAUCAAG